AUGAGCCUCCUCAAUCUUGGCAACCUUCUCAGCGUUUCGGCGCCACCUCUCGGGCUCAACAUCUCUGUCAACAUUGGGCGAUCACUCAGGGCCAACCCGCCCAGUCUUCAUCGAGAUGCCCACCCGAUCCUUGGUCGUGAUGAAACAGAGAGUCCUACCUCCCAUGUUGGAGGCCCUGCAAAUGAAAUCGUCAAGAGCUCUCUGAGUCCGGCGAUCGAGAUUCGAGACACCGUGCCAGCAGGCGAUGACACGGUAGAGGUGCCUGAGAGCGAACUCGUGGAUAUCCUCGAUCAGCUGGCUGAUCUAGAGAACCAAGUGGAGGGCCUGAUGGGGCAGGAUGACGGGGAGGACGCUGCGGGUAUCGAAGAGGCCCAAGAUGACAGUACAGAUGCAGGCAGUGGCAUUGAUGGAGUUGGCAAUGUCGCGGGCCAAGAUCCUCAGACAAUCUCGGGCGCAACUAACGACGGUGAGAUCCCCAGUCCUGAGAUUGCUGAUGGUGGUGAAGGGUCGUCUACCAGCAUGCCUGCCGGCAGCAUCGCGGUGCCAGCGCCUACGGCUUCGGGGCUCCCCACAAACAAAGCAGAUGAUAAGAACAGCGACGACGCUGUGACAAACAACUUUGCCGACGUGGAUGAUGGCGACAAAAUAGAGGAGGAAGACGAUGCUGAAGGCGCUGACGGUGGUCAGGCUGGCGAUUCCCUCCCGGGCGACGGUGUGUUUAAGGAAGAGGAGAUUUUUGAGACAGUGGUCUCUACCAUGGACUCUACCCAGACGACGACAAUGACCAGAACGAUCACAACGACAGUGACUGUCUGGCCGUCCAACGAGCUCACCGCCACAUCGUCUGCGGCUAUGCGCCAGCCGGAAACCAGUGCACCCUCUGCGACAGUCCCGGUCGCCAAUGUUCGACUCGGUCUCGGUGGGCAAUUCAAAGAAGUCGACAGCACAUCCUCGUUUUCCUGGGCCAACUCUACAUUCACCUCGGUAGCAGCCCGCCUAGACCCCAGUGCCCGUCUUGGCGGCCAAUUCAUGGAGGCUGAGGAGUCGCUCUCUUCUUCUCCUGUUGCCAGCCUGCCUGCCACUUCUUCCGCAGCCAUGCCCGAGUCGGUCAGCCUGGAGAGCCAAACCACGACACCGGCUGCAACUUUGGCGCCUUUGGAUCUGGGGAGUCCGUUCAGGGAGCUCUACAAGGCUUCGGCUGCCUACGCCAACACGACUACGAGCGCAGGAUUCAAGACUGUUGUGCGCCCCUGA